UGCAUGAGCGAUCUGUGUAAAACAAUGGGAUCACCGGCAGAGCUGACCCUGGACUGCAAGCCUUUUCCUGCUAAAUACUCCAGCGCGUUGAAGGCAAUUUCCCUUGUAAGCGAUCAGUUUGAAAGAGUAAGACAGCUCGAUGAUUAUCUCAAGGGACUAAAGGAGGAAAGAAAGAAAAUUGAGGCUUUCAAAAGAGAACUUCCUGUCUGUAUGCAUCUUCUUAAUGAUGCAAUUGCUGCUUCCAAGGAACAGUUAGCAAAUUGUCAAGUACAUGUACAGGCAUCGACACCGACAAAUCAAAUGGUUUUCUCCUAUGAGGAGCACCAGUACAUGCCUGCUUCUAGUAACAGCAGGCCAGUGCUAGAGGAAUUCAUACCUCUCAAGAAACCGUGCGAUAAGUCUGGAGAGUAAUCCGAGGUGAAUCACAACCAUCAUGAUUCAAAGGGAACAAAAUUUGACAAUGGUGAAAAGCCCAACUGGAUGAGUUCUGCUCAGCUGUGGAGUCAGAAUU